CUAUGGGGCAGAGCAGCCGGAAAACAGGCCGGGGGAGCCGGGCCAGCCCAGCACGGAGUCCCUGCGCCGCAGCUGGCUCUUAGCAAGGGAGCGAUCUCGGGACUCCGGGGCGGCAGGAUGCAGCAGGGCGCGGCGCCGGCCGUGCUGGUCACCAGCAGGCAAGUUCAGAAUGCUCACACAGGGAUAGACUUGUCAGUGCCAGAGUACCAGGAAAUCCAUGGGAAGAUGAUGUCCGGCCAUGUGGAAUAUCACAUUGUAGCUGUUACCCGACUGGCUGCAUUCAAAUCAGCAAAGCACAAACCUGAAGAUGUGGUUCAGUUUAUGGUCUCUAAGAAGUACAGUGAGAUUGACGAGUUUUACCAAAAGCUGACUGCCCACUACCCACAGGCAUCUCUUCCACCAUUACCCAGGAAAGCUCUGUUUGUCGGGGAAUCUGAUAUCCGAGAACGAAGAGUGGUGUUCAAUGACAUCAUGCGGCUCAUCGCCAAAGAUUUGGAACUAGCAACAAGUCCUGAAUUACUGGAAUUCUUAGGGACAAAAUCUACUAGUGUCAUUGACUUGAAAGGUAAAAAUGUUCCUGAGGAGGAGAAAGAUGAAGAAACCGAAGAGUUAGAUUUCUUCAAAGAGGAGAGGACAUCUGACAUAAUCCCUCGGUUUGGAUUAGUAAAAGAUCAAGAUGCCAGAAAAGAGGAGGAAGAGGAGGAAGAAGAUGUAGAUCCUCUUGGCAUAAUCCGAUCUAAAAAACCUAAGAAGCCCACGCCUCCUGUAGCCAAGGAAGACAAGUCCAAGUUAACCAUUUUUGACGAGGAAGUAGAUCCUGAGGAAGGAUUAUUUGGCCCAGCAAAAGAUUUUUCAUCUUCCAGUUCCAAGAAGAACUCGUCAGCCAAAGAGAAUCUGAAAUUAUUUGAAGACCCAGACCUCGGUGGGACUGUUAAACUAGGCGACUCUCUACUGCUGCCAACGGCCUGUGAGAACAAGGACUAUGCGCUAAGUACCAGCCUCAAAGAGGACACAGAGGAGCUAUUGAGGGUUGAAGAGGAUUUAGAGAGGCUCUGGAGAGUGAGUUCAAAGCCAAAACCCAGGCUGCCAUGUAAACCGGCAUUGCUUAAGAAGCCAUUAAUCACCACUAAGAACAAUGUUAGUCCAGCCCCUCCAGCAAAGCCGAAGGAAGACAAGAUUCAAACCAUGGACGAGGUAGACAUUCUCCAGUACAUUCAGGACAACGAAUCUAUCAGCAACCAAGACAUGAGUCUCUUUUGAAGAGUCUAUUUCUUUUUUGUCUUCCGAGGCUGCCUUAUCCAAGCGCCUUUGACCUCGUAUGUUGAGGGAGGCAGGAGUUAGCUCGAAUUCUUCAUUGUCACUACAUUUGUCAACUUGUCAUGAUUAGAAGAGCAGCAAGUCUGAUUAUUUCACAAGCUCUAAGUGGUAAAGAGUAUGUGUUUCUACAGUGCAAUUAUGAUCUAAUGUUGCCUUAUAUUUUCAGGGGUUUUUUUUUUAAGAGGUGUAGAAAAUAUACAACACUAUAGAUUCUGUGUACUACAAUCAUGUCAAAUUAUUGUAACAUUAAUCUAUUACUAGACCGAAAGGGCUAGAGCAAACAGCAUAGGCUACAAGCAUGAAUACAGUCUAGUGGGGCCCCCUUCACUCCAUUAGCUGAAUAAGAGACCGUAUGUUUCAAUUAACUGGAAAUGUGAUCCUUUUUCUCUUGUCCAUCCUUGUAGCAACCUGCCCUCCCUUGCUGUCAUUUCAGUGAGAUGCAGCCAGUUAAUGCUUCUGUGGAUACACUAAAUUCCACCUUCUUUGUAGUUGAGAGAGAGAUUAAAAUCCCGAAUUCCUGACCAUUCUUCCCCUAUUCAGGCACUCACUGAGUCCCAGAGAAAGUUGUCCCUACCCCCAGUAUAGAUACAGCCAUAUAGUGUCAAUGUCUUGCCAUUGGCUAUUUAGAUACACAAAUUCCAGCUCACGGGAGAUCUAGCACAAUAGUGAAACAAGGCUAGACCCUGCAAAUCUAUGUACAGAUUUUCUGACUACGGAUAGUCAGCACAGGAACAUGGUGCAGAGUUAGCAAAUGACUAGAGCUGUAUUUCAGGCCAUCUGUAGAUACACAGACAAAUUUAGGAAGUUUGGAUCUUUUUCCUGAUCUAAACUUCAGGGCUUGGCCCCAUCUCUAUAAAGACAUGGGAGUGGAAUGAUGCUAAAUGGUGGGCCCUUCGGUAUCUGUUUAAUUUUUAUAGCCAGGCAGGAGCAACUUCGGGGUGAUAAAAUAGUUUUUUUAAAAUCUGAAUAUUUUCGUGAAAUUUUAGUGCCUGUGAAAAGUAAGAAAUUAACCCAGCACCUCAAGGUCUCCAGCAGUGAAAUGCUAGUAUAUUUAAGCCAUGUCACACACCCCAAAUCUGCCUUUUUAAUGCAUAACAUAAUAAAAAGCCUAUAAAGCACUUUAAAAAUAUAUUUUUUAAUAAUUACCAUGUUCUCUAUUCAUAAUUUUCUCUUUAUUCUAAAAGAUAAUGUAUUAAGUACAUUUUUGUUUAAAGGAACAAAAAAAUCAAUAUUAGAUUUGAACCAUGUAAAAUAAGAUUCACUAUAAUAAAAUGACAUGCUAACCGGUAAGUACUGUUGUUCUUUAUUAUAUCCUAAAGUAAGGGCUGAUGAGAGUUGAAAGUUGGGUUCUAAUUACCUAAGCUGUGAUGAAUGGUCCGUUUUUAUUGCCAUAUGAGUGUAGUAAAAUAUGUGUAUAAAUAAGAAAAUAUUGAAGCAUGGUUCAGAUAAAGCUUACUAAUGGACACAGAAGUUUAUCUAUGGUUCUUAUAUGGCUUCCAUUAGUAUCUGAGCAAAAUAUUUAAUUAGACUCCACAAACUUCUUUUCCUCGCCUGCAGAUUAUAGUGACCUCAGCCCAAGAAGCCCUGGAAUGUGAUUCCUUUGGAGGACAUACUCAGUUGAGACAUAAUAUUGACUUGGUGUCCAACAGAAUGUAGUAAGACGAGCGUGGAAUGGAUUUUAUUAACACGAUUGAGCUGCUUGUGAAAGAUUUUGUGACUAUACUCAUCUAGGCACACGUGUUUAUAAUUCUCUGGAAAUUUUGUUUAGUGACAAUUUUGACUCCUUUUGACUAGUGACUUUUCAGGGUUUGUCUGGUGACUUCUGGCUAUGUAGAGUUGGCAACAAACUCCAAAAAAAAAAAAGAAAUAAAAUUAAAAGCGAUCAGUGUUGGCCUACCUCUGCUCCCUCUAAAAUUAACAAUUAAAGUCCCUUUGACUUCAGUGGAAGAAGAGUUAAGCCAAUGCGGAGCAUUUUUGAAAAUGCCACCAUAUGGCUUCCUGUAAUUAUACUAUUAGAAGCUACCAUGAAAGUUACUUGGCUAGGAGGGGUGAAUAACAAAUAACAGAUUUCCCAAGUAUCACUUCACUGUUGCAAAAAAAGUCAUUGUCUUAGAGCUAUUUAGGAAUAAAUUCCAGUAGAGUAACCCCUAAACAGAAUUUCUGCAAUCAAAGAAUGUCCUUUUUCAACAGGAUGCUCAAGGAUUCUGGAGUCAGGUUUUUCAGGAAGACAUGGUGUUCUCCAGCUUUUCAGUAAUAAAAACAAUACACGAGAGUGGCAUACCAUGCCUCCUGUUAAGAAACGCAAGGCUAUCUGAUGUGUCCAUUCACUAAAGUGAUGGUGGACAGGCAAUUGUUUAGAUGGUAGCAUGCUCAGUCUAAUGAGUAGUGAAACCAAAUCUGGACAAUACCUGAAACAUACAACCAUUUCAACAUGUGGUGGUAAAAACCUAGGGCUAGAUCAUCAACUAGCAUAAAUCAGCAAAGCCCCAUAGAAAUCAUUGAUGUUAUGCUACUUUAUGGCCCCUGAAGAUCUGACUCCUACUUUCUUUCUGUGAAAAAUGUGUCUAGAAAAAUCUAAUUUUUAGAAUCUCAUGUAGAUCAUUAGCAGCUUUGUGGUUACCAGUCAAUCUGACCUGAACUAAACAGAUGGGAUGUGACUAGUCUGAUAAUCUUGAGUCUGUGAUAAUGGGUGAAAUCUGAUGACAAGAUGUAAUUGGAAAUGUAUGCCUGCCUGAUAUAUCUAGGCUGUUACAAAAACCUGAUUUCCCUUUAAGAAGCAAGGUUGGGACCCUGAAAUGAAUGGGUUGUUAAGUGUUUCUAUUGCAAGAUGUGCUUCAUCCUCUUUUUUAAAUGUUUAUUAAAAUCUUUCACAAAGCUA